AUGCAGUCCUUUACCCACCCUUUGCUAUUCGACACGCGUCAGAUCGAGAAGAGCAAGCAAACCAAACUCUUCAGUGGAUUGGAUACAUCACGCAAUGCCCACGCUGUACUCAACCAUAAACACAGAUCAAGACGAUCUAGACCCUUCACUGUUCCCGCCUUCACUCUCCCUUAUCGCACUAUCACUAUGAAUAAUGCCAAUGAUAAAUCAACAAACACUGAACCACGAAAGAAAAAAGGCCAUCAGAAGCUGAAAGUCAAGGAACCGAAGGCUAAGAAGAGCAAGAGCUUUCACUCUGAUCGUCUCACAACCCACGACAAGAGUAACAACAAAUUAAGUCUGCCUCGUCAGCUGUCUCUCGCACACCACUCACGAACCAUGGACAAUCCCAAGACAAACGAACCCGGAAUCUCCGAGAGAAGGGGUAUCAGAUGGCUUCCACACCAACUUGAGCUUGAAGAGCCAACCUCAACCUUGGUCCUGACCGGCUCGAAAGGACAAUUCGUUGACAUCCGCAUCUUCUGCAAGCAAGGAGACACAUUGCCUAACGAAGGCGGCCCAUCACAAUUGCUCGACUGGGGUAUUGCCGGCACUUCCACGAGCACCAUCAUCAACGAACCUUCGUUAGAUCACCCCUCCAACCCAGCGCCACCAUCAGAUGGAACUUCGAGAGCCGUCUGUCACUCCACAUUCUCUCACUGGCUCGACAGUCGUACCGAUACCCCUGGACCUGAUCAAGGUGACAUGUAUCCACAAACUGACAACACAACUCUUGAGCUGGGCUCAAUGUACAAUCCACUUACCAAGUCGGAGCAAGCCUACGAAGAAGUGUGGGCCGACUACGGUGCCUCUGCUGUGGAUGGAAAGCGAUGGAGCGUUGUGAUUGAUCUUGAAAAUCACGAGCACAACGCUAAAGGAAGAGUUGUUCGUGUGGGCGAGCACUGUCAAGCUAUCCUCAAGGUUGGUGAACAAGUCACCGUUGAACGCUGGAGGUUCGAGUUGCCAGACAAGGAUGGCAAAGGUAAUUGGAGACGCCUUGCCAGAUUGGGCGAUCUGUUCCUGCCUGUCUCGUUGGUCUUCACCCCUGAAAGCAUCGCUGAGGGUAACACUCUGACUUAUGGAGAGUACAAGUGGACAGUCAAGGAGGUUUACUCUUGGUAA